AUGCGUCUUCUUGUCGUCGCCCUGCUUGCGCUGCUGGUGGGUUGCUUCGCUAGCAGCUCUCACUCCAUCGACGUCUCACCCGCCCUCGAGAUCAUCGAGGGCUACUUCCACGAUCACUCCAUCAUCGGCCGUGAUGCUACCAAAUGUAGUGUAUCACAGCCCUGUAUCGACGGUGUCUGCUGCAAUGGUCAAGGUUAUUGCGAUCCCCAUACUGCCAAACGCCGCAUCACAUACUAUGCAGCAUCCAACAUCCGCCGCCGUGCCUGCGAGCAGAUCUGGCCUGUCCGCUUGAACACCACUGGUUUCACUCACAUUGUCCUCGGUUUCGCUGUCUUCGAUCCGAAGACUUUCGCGGUUGGCAUGCAGCACCCUGACGAUGGAGAGAUUUAUAAACAGUUUCUCCGUUUACCCGAUAACGUUCGGAAGGGAUUGGCCAUCGGUGGUUGGGAAAUGUCAAACGAGGGACCGACGCGCACUGCCUGGUCUGACAUGUCGAGUACCAAAUCCAACCGCAAGGCUUUCAUUGACUCGCUCAAAAAGUUUCUCGACACUUGGAAGUUCACUGGCAUUGAGAUUCAUUGGGAGUGGCCUGGUGCGUCAAAUCGCGGCGGCAACCCAGCCGAUACUCAGAAUCAGGUCGACCUGGUUCACGAGCUGCGUGAAUGCUUCGGCAAGGAUUUUACCAUCUCCGUUGUUCUUCCGGGCCAAAAUGGAUAUCUUAAGAACAUCGCCCCGUUGAAGAUGCAAAACGUCGUCGAUUGGUUCACGGUCUUGACUUACGACUUUCAUGGGCCUUGGGACGCCUUUAUCGACGGUUUGGGACCCAAGAUCAAGCCACACACUGAUCUUGCUGAGAUAAACUCUACCCUCAGCCUGCUAUCAUCUGCCAGUCUCGAUCCUGCCAAAAUCAACAUGGGUCUCGCAAAUUACGGACGUGGUUUUACUGUCGCCAACCAGACUUGCAAGUACUACGGCUGUGGGUUCACCGGCCCAAGCAAAGCUGGUAGCUGCACAAGGGAAGACGGCCUCCUCAGCGCUUGCGAGAUUUCAAGGAUCAUUCGGGAGAGGAAUUUGACACCUCAGGUCAUUUACGGUGGUGCAGGCGUCAAGGAGAUCUCUUGGGAUGAUCAGUGGAUUGGAUACGACGACAAUGACACACUCGCGGCGAAGCUGGGCCUGGCAAACAAGCGCUGCCUCGGAGGCACUUCUCUUUGGGCCAUUGAGCACGAUUACUGCGAUGGAGGAGUCGGCGGGCCACAAGCGCCCCAAAAUCCAGCCCAACCUACCCAGCCUCCCACCUUCUUCUCCGUCUGGUAUUCCGUCCCCUGUUCAGCCUGGCAUCCCAUCUUCCGCCCCACCAGGUUCAUCCGCUCAACCUGGCCUUUCACCGUCUGCUCCAACAUCGUCCGCAAAUCCUGCGCAAUCUUCUCUACCAUCAUCGAUUGUCUCCACGCAGGUGCAGAUACCAGGACCAAUAUCGCCAUUGCCAUCUCUGUCUCCUUCUCCAGCUCCGUCUUUAGCUCCAGCUCCAUCGUUGUCUCCACUGCCAUUACCAUUGCCAUCUUUAUCGGCAUCACCAUCUCAGAGUCAGCCUCCAUCCCAGUCUGGAUCGCAUUCGACUGCAUGGACAGCAACUGGAUCUACCGCUGGGUGUUCCCGAGGCCCAUCGAUGUGCAGCCGCCCCACGAAUGUCUACUCCCUGAGAACAUCAACUGGUGUCGGGCUUGGUGGUGGGGUUUCCCUGGAAACAUCGAGCACCAUAACGGUGAUCCGGAUUCGCACUCGGACAGUGAUCCAGACUGUAAGCCAAACGACUGCGUUGCUGAGUGUGCGAUAUGGCGUACUGUCACGUUCUUCAUGUUCAAGCGGCCAGUCUGCCCAUGCGUUCCCAAGAAGUGCGACAAAGAUGGUGAGAGCGACAGUCCCAGCGACAGCGACCGUGACGAUCCCAAGGUCAAGCCUAAGCCAACAUCUCGUCCAAAGGAGAAGAAUCCAAAGUGUAAGCUCCUCGGUUGUGGCUGCGGCUGGAUGGGCCUUUCCUUUGGACCUGGAUGCCCUGGACUCGAGAUCGAAAUCACUUCUCCCUGUGGUCUUUUCGGAUGUAAUCCUUGUGUUUUCUUCGGAUGCCCUGGCACACAGCCCUCAGGUCUUAUCGGUUACGAUGGAUACUGUCCUGGAGGUGGAUGCGAACCUUGUCCUCCAGAACUUUGCAGUCGCCCUGGCUGUACGAUCUCUGGUGGUUGUGGACCCAAGCCUGGACCAGCACCGACGAAGCCACCGAAUCGUCCUGAUCCGGAAGACUGCGACGACAGCAAGAGGACGGUCAUCACUGAACGCUUCGUGUGGUGCACCGAAGGAUACAAUGUCUCUGCCCUUCCAUCGAGCCUUCGAGGAACUUCUUCGACAAUGGUUUCUUCGCUCUGCUUGCCAAUGAUCGAUGCCACAGUGACCAUGUGUGGUGGUGCAAUGCCUGGAUUCGACACGACGACGACACAGACAGGUACCAAAACGGCCGGUUCAAACGGUCCUGCCUGCACUCGGGCUCCAUUGUCUCUGGAUGACGACGAGGGUGACAACAGCCCGAACGACCCGUUCCACACGUCCAAAACCUUCGCUAGCAACACGACUAGCAUGGUUCCGUCUAAGACUUCAUUUUCAUCGCCCAAGACAACCAAGACAUCAUUCGCGCCGCCUGGCCCUAGCCUCGGCCCUAUGGACAAGUUCGGACGCUGGAAGGUGAAGAUCAACCAGUACAUGUUCAACGACUACUCCGAGGUCAACUGGAAGCUGUACGAUCCGAACGGCAACCACGCUGGUGAGCACAACGUUCACGGCAACGGCAUGAAGGAGAUGAAGGACUACAUCCAGUCCGUCAAUCGUCCCUUGGAGCACAUGAUGCCUUUCGGUGUUGACAUGACUGUCUCGAAUCCUCACGAUGUCAAGAAGUGUGUUGUGAACUUCUCCAUCAAGAAGGAGAUGCCAGGCUGCAAAAAGUUCAACGGCGAACUAUGCAGGCCCUUUAUGACUACUGAGACUUUUACUGAAAGCGGGUUUUUCAUGGUCUCAGUGUGUGAUACCGAAUGCGGUUGGCUAAAUCUGAAGUCACUUCUAGAGCCGUCGGAUUUGUGGUGCCAGGACCUGAACGAUGCGGACUGGGAGCCUAUGGCGAACGGGUGGAAACGCAUCUUUGAGUGUGGGUGGAAAGGGUUUUGA